AUGGCGACCCCGUCACGACCAGCGCCGCAAGCUACCAAUGGCAUCUAUACUCCAGAACAUGCGCGCCAGCAUACUCGAGCGCAAAGCUCAUUUCGCGGCUGCUCCAGAAUUUCAGAUUAUGAGGUCAUGGGGAAAAUCGGAGAGGGUACAUUCGGAGAAAUCCUGAUGAUCAACGAGAAGGAUGGUUUUCCAAUCACAGCUCUUCGCGAAAUCAAAACCCUAAAACUCCUUUCGCAUGAAAAUGUCUUGAGUCUGGAAGAGAUGGCCGUCGAGCACCCGCAGAAGAAUACCGAUAAGAAGAAGAAGGCCAUUAUGUACAUGGUCACUCCCUAUUUCGACCACGAUCUAUCAGGCCUUUUAAAGAACCCAAAUAUCCAUUUUACGGAACCACAAAUCAAGUGUUAUAUGCUGCAGCUACUCAAGGGGAUGGAAUUCAUUCACAACAACAACAUUCUUCACCGAGACAUCAAAGCUGCAAAUAUAUUGAUCAAUAACAAAGGUAUACUUCAAAUUGCCGAUUUUGGUCUGGCGCGACACUAUAACGAACCUGUGCCGGUCGCAGGAAAGGGGAAUGGAGAAGCAAAAGCGCAUUAUACUGUUGUGGUGGUUACAAGAUGGUACCGUCCUCCGGAACUUUUUUUGGAACUACAGAACUAUACCCCAGCGAUUGAUAUUUGGGGAGUCGGUUGCGUCUUUGGCGAAAUGUUCCUUGGAAAACCAAUCCUCCAAGGCGAGAGCGAGGAGCAGCAGCUUAAACUUAUUUUCGAUUUGUGUGGCACUCCCAACGAGGAGAACAUGCCUGGAUGGAGAUUGUUACCCAAAGCUCAGGGACUCAACUUCAGCCCACCGCGCCCUUCGACGUUAGCACAAAAAUUUCGAGAACAAGGCUCGGGUGCUAUCUCUUUAUUGCAGGAAUUGCUUAAACUCGAUUGGAAGAAGCGCACCAACGCGAUUGAUGCAUUAAAGCAUCCAUACUUCAAAAACUCUCCUUUCCCGCUAGAACCACACGACAUACCAAUCUUAGAAUCAUCACAUGAAUUCGACUCAAAGCAGCAUCGGGGCCAAAAACAGGCUCCGCCACCUCCUAAGGGAGGCGAUUCACCAAAACGGUCGCUACCCUCCCCUCCUCCACACGGUGGCUACAGAAAUAGUGGCCCACCGCAUCAGCAAUACGAUGAUCGCAAACCGGGUUGGAGAAGAGAUGAUCGAGGUUUACCACCACGACCACCACCGCCCACUGAUUUCGCUUUCGAUGGCGGAAGAUCAGAUUCACAUGGUCACCGAUCCAGAUCUCAAGAUCUAGAUGGCCGUGGCCAUCGUGAUCGUGAUCACGCGUCUCUUCCUCGCAGUAGAGCUGGAGGAGGUGGUGGGAAUAUCGAUACGUAUAUCCCAAGUUAUAACACGAACAGGCGACCAAGAGAAGACCGUCCACCCCGAGAUGAUCGUCCGCUGCCACGAGAUGACCGUCGAGACGAUCGUCCACGACAUAGUAAUGGAACUAGACACGACUACGACAAUCGAGGUUCACGAGAACCUCGCGAUAGUCGAAGUCGUAGUCCCAAUCAUGAUCGUGGGAGAGAUCGAUACAGAGACCGAGAGCCGAUAGGAGAUCCUUAUGCGCAUCGUCGUUGA